UUCCUCUGCCCGCUUCUCUCCGUGCGUAAAACAAAAGUUUAACACACCAAGGAGAUCAUUUGAGAGGUCUGGGAGCUCAGCAAACUCUCCACUGUAGCUACUCCCCGGGAAUUGUAAAGCUCGCACCGGACGCCCACUGGAGGAGGAUAUAUAACUUUUCAACACAUUUUGUGGAGAGACACGGAGACAGGUUGGUCUAGCAGAGAGCGGAGGGAUCCUCUUCGCUUAGCCGGGAGGAGUGCGCGUAGCGCUGGGUAGCUGACUGACCCAAAGGACGGCACCUCAGAGACAAGGUUAUGACGGAACUGAGCUGAACAUGGAGCUUUUUUGGAUUUUGUUAUUUUCUAGUGCCUAUCCUCUUGCCUGGGGCCAAGGAGUUUACGCUCCAGCCAACGCCCAGAUCGUGCACUCAGGCGCAGCGUGUAACGUCAAGGAUGAUAACAUCAGUGAGAGAAUCUACACCAUCAAAGAAGGAGACACACUAGUGCUUCAGUGUAUUGUUAAAGGACACCCACGGCCACAGGUACGAUGGACGAAGACGGCAGGCAGUGCAUCAGACAAGUUCCAGGAAACAUCCAUCUACAACGAGUCGCUGCGCAUCGAGGGCAUCCAGAGGGUGCAGGGGGGUCGCUACUACUGCAAGGCCGACAACGGGGUGGGGGUGGCUGCCAUCAAGUCCAUCCGCGUAGAUGUGCAGUACCUUGACACACCCGUUCUUACGGUGCACCAGACCAUCAGCGAUGUGCGUGGAAGUUACUACCAGGAGAAGACGGUGUUCCUGCGCUGCACCGUCAACUCCAACCCUCCCGCACGAUUCAUCUGGAAACGUGGGAACAUGCUCAUCGAACAGAGCAAGGACAACGGAGUGGACAUCUACGAACCGCUUUACACUCAGGGGGAGACCAAGGUGCUGAAGCUGAAAAACCUCAGACCAAAGGACUUUGCUGAUUACACGUGCCAGGUGUCUGUCCGCAAUGUGUGUAACAUCGAAGACAAGUCGGUCACCUUCAGGCUUACAAAUGCCACGUCUCCUCCAAUGAUCCGGCUGUCAGUGAACGACACGGUGGUGGUGGAUCCCGGGCAGGAUGUGCUCCUAACCUGUGAGGUGACAGCAGGUUUCCCUCUCCCUACUGUGAUGUGGUCGCGUUACCCCAGCCCCCUUCCACUCAGCGCGCAAGUCCGAGGGCCAACGCUGAUUUUGCGGGCCGUCACACCAGCCGACGCAGGUUUCUACAACUGCACGGCUGUCAACAACGUGGGCAACCCCGCUCGCAAGAACGCCAAUCUGGUUGUCAGGACGAUGAGCAACCUGACCUUCCAGAUCACACCGGACUCCAACAAGGACAGCGAGACCAUCCAGAUGGGUCGGGACCUCAAGCUGUCGUGCCACGUUGAUGCCACCCCGCAGGACAAGGUCAACUACACCUGGUACAAGAACGCUGCGCCUGUCUUCAACUCGGAUAGCCUGAUCUUGUUGCGGAGUGACCCAGACAUGGCACCCGGCACCAGUAGCUUGGAGAUUGUGGACAUGAAGUUCAGAGACCUUGCUACCUACAGCUGUGUGGCGAACUUCCCCGGCAGCAGGGUGCUGGAGCUCCGCGUGGAUGUCAACAUCUCUCAGAACAGUGUCUCUCCUCCAGUGCUGUUGGUUCCACCAGGAGGUCAGGUGUUGAGCGUGCGACAGGGAGGUAACAUCGAGCUGGUGUGCUUGGUGGUGGACGGCAAACCUCGUCCACCUAUACUCUGGUCACGGACAGAAAAGGACCUGCUAAUGCCGACAGGGAGGACCACGAUGGAGACAGCCGAUGGCCGCCUGAGGCUCAGGAACGUCAGCCGGGACAUGAUGGGGGCGUACCGGUGCCAGACUGCUCCGUACAAUGGGCUUAACAUCAAACGCAGGGAGGCACAGGUCCAGCUCAAUGUGCAGUAUCCUCCCAUUCUGGAUCCAAGCUUCCAGGAUACGCGUUCAAGGAACUAUCAGAUGGUGACCCUGAGGUGUACCGUCACGCGGUCAUUCCCAACACGCCUAUUAGACAUCCGCUGGUUCUAUAACGGCGACUUCAUCCGCAUGCCCAUGCCAGACCUGAAGGAGACGCCGGAGCUGAAGUUUAAGCUGGAACCCACCAACAACGGCUCUUAUGAGUGCCGAGUCAGCAAUAGUGUCGGGACAUCAACGUGCACAUUUAACGUCUCUGCACAACCCUACUGCGCUGAGUUCUAUUUCGACACACCAAACCCCGUGCGAAUUCUAAAAGGAAACAACUAUUCCUACAACCUGCAGUGGACACAGAAAGAUCCUGAGGCCACGGAUCGUAUCAUAGGCUACUGGGUUAAUGUCCGAAAGAACAAGCAGAACGUGCUGUCAAAGCAGAUAGACCUGAAGGGCAAGGAGCCGGAGAAGGGAGUGCUGAUAUCCCACACCAUAUCAGACCUGAGAAUCCCUCUGUCCUACGAGGUCCGACUGGCCCCCAUCACCACCUAUAGCACUGGGGAAUACAUCAGUCGCAUCAUACAGUACUCAGAACCCUACACCUACCCAAGACCUUCAGACCAUGUUUGUGGUUUUGAAGAUGACAGGGUCUGUGGUUUCUCUCAAGACCGAAGUGAUGUCUUUGACUGGACGAGACAGAAUCACCUGACGCAGAAUCCCAAGCGAUCUGCCAAUACCGGCCCCGAGACAGACCGCAGUGGAACCAAGGAAGGGUACUACAUGUACAUUGAAGCGUCACGGCCGCGUGUUCAGGGGGACAAGGCUCGUCUGCUUUCUCCGCUUUUUAACGUGACCUCAGUUAGAGGACCCAAGGGCUCCGGCAGAGUCCCAUACUGUGUCUCUUUUUACUACCACAUGAAGGGAAAACAUAUCGGCUCUCUCAAUGUGCUUCUGAGAGUGAGAAGCAUUGCCCCUGUGGACUCGGUGUUGUGGUCGAAGUCUGGUCAUCAGGGCCCGGACUGGAAGAGAGCAUUCUUCGACAUCAGCCCCAGUGGACCCUUUCAGAUCGUGUUUGAAGGAAUUCGAGGCCCGAGUUUCGAGGGGGAUAUUGCCAUUGACGACGUGUCCAUCACCAUCGGGAAGUGCAAGCAGGAGAACACUGUAGCCAGCGCAGUUCUGAUUGGUGGAUCACACUCGCUCCCAUUGGCCAGCUGGCUGACCUUUGGCCUCUCGUGUGUCCUGUCGCUCCUCUACAGAUGAUGAGCACUUCCUGCAACACCACCUGUCUGUAGUGACAGACUCUGCCCUGUCUCGCGCUCUUAUACUUCUCUCUACCCUUCUCCUUGUCCUUUCCUCUACACACCCGUCACCCUAACUGUCUCUCCUUCUCCCCCUCGAUGUCUUUCUAUCCUUCAUGCAUCCGUUUCAUCCUUCUUGCUUAGAUAAAUGCUAACACGACGUCUUUGUCUAGUUUCUCCUCCUCUGCUUUCUUUGAACAUCC